GACCGAAUGAAUUACGGGACAAGGGGAGGGGGAAAUCCUGCUCGAUGAUGCUGUUGUUAUUCGUGACUUUCCAUGUUUGAGACUUCAAACCUUACGGAAGGGAAGAUAAAGGACAGCUUGCCUCUUCACGUCCGUGGACAGUAUUCUUAAAGCUGUGAGCGGGGCCCAGGCCAUGGCGCUCGCCCUCCGGCUGCAGCUGAGUGGCUGCCGGCAGUUCUUGAGCCGGGCCCGGGCUCUGUGGUCGAGCCCACGACCCUCCUGCUGCCGGUAUAUCAGGACUGAUGGAAGUUUAGGACAUCAGGAAAAUACAUUGACUUUUAGAUUGCACACUUCGAAAGAACCAACAGGAUUUGAGAAGUAUUUUCCCAAAACUAAACCGGCAACAGGACCAAAAGCCAAUGACAUUAAAGCAAAGCCAAAGGAGUCUGGAGGAGGUACAGGAGGUGGACCAAGAGGCAGUGGUAAGAAAAGUGGGAAGAAAGAGGAAGCUGCUUGGUGGAACCGGUUACAGAAGGGAGAUUUUCCAUGGGAUGAUAAAGAAUUUCGAUAUUUGGUUGUGGGAAUAGCUGGACUUUUCUCUGGAUUCAUGUAUUUUUAUUACCAAAAUCCUGGCAGGGAAAUCACUUGGAAAGAUUUUGUAAAUUACUAUCUAGCGCGUGGUGUGGUUGAUCGCCUAGAGGUUGUCAAUAAGCAGUUUGUGCGGGUGAUUUUCACUCCAGGGACUACGACUGAUGUUAGCUAUGUAUGGUUUAAUAUCGGAAGUGUGGAUACCUUUGAGCGUAAUUUGGAAAAUGUGCAACAAGAGAUAGGAAUAGAACCAGCAAAUCGUGCAGCUGUAGUGUAUAAUACUGAGAGCGAUGGUUCAUUCAUGCUAAGCAUAUUCCCCACACUCUUACUCAUUGGUUUUUUGCUCUAUACACUGCGACGAGGAUCCAUGGCAGCAGGCCGUGGGGGGCGAAGUGGCGGACUCUUCAGUGUGGGAGAAACAACAGCAAAAAUGCUGAAAGAUGACAUUGAUGUCAAAUUCAAGGAUGUUGCAGGAUGUGAAGAAGCUAAAUUAGAAAUCAUGGAAUUUGUUAACUUUCUGAAAAACCCUAAGCAAUAUCAGGAUUUGGGGGCCAAGAUCCCAAAGGGUGCAGUUCUGUCUGGACCACCAGGAACUGGGAAAACCCUGUUGGCUAAAGCAACAGCUGGGGAAGCAAAUGUUCCUUUUAUAACUGUUAAUGGAUCUGAAUUCCUGGAGAUGUUUGUUGGUGUUGGACCAGCCAGGGUGAGGGACAUGUUUGCCAUGGCACGGAAGAAUGCUCCAUGCAUUCUCUUCAUUGAUGAGAUUGAUGCUGUUGGAAGGAAGCGGGGUAGAGGAAACUUUGGUGGACAGAGUGAACAGGAGAACACCCUAAAUCAGCUACUUGUCGAGAUGGAUGGAUUCAAUACAAGCACCAAUGUUGUUGUUCUGGCAGGAACAAAUCGACCUGAUAUCCUUGACCCAGCUCUGAUGAGACCAGGGCGAUUUGAUAGACAAAUUUAUAUUGGUCCACCUGAUAUUAAAGGACGAGCAUCAAUUUUCAAGGUUCAUCUCAGCCCAUUGAAGAUGAACUCUAGUAUCAGUAAGGAAACAUUGGCACGUAAACUAGCUGCACUCACUCCAGGGUUCACUGGUGCUGAUAUUGCCAAUGUAUGUAAUGAAGCUGCUCUGAUUGCUGCUCGUCAUUUAAAUGAAUCAAUCCAUGUGAAGCACUUUGAACAGGCAAUAGAACGUGUGAUUGGAGGAUUAGAGAAAAAAACACAGGUCUUGCAACCUAAUGAGAAAAAAAUUGUUGCCUACCAUGAGGCUGGACAUGCUGUUGUUGGCUGGUUCUUGGAACAUGCAGACCCUCUACUUAAAGUCUCUAUUAUACCUCGUGGGAAAGGUCUUGGCUAUGCACAGUACUUGCCUAAAGAGCAAUACCUUUACACAAAAGAGCAGCUCUUUGAUCGCAUGUGCAUGAUGCUUGGUGGUCGAGUGGCUGAGCAGAUAUUUUUUGAACGCAUCACAACAGGUGCCCAAGAUGAUCUGAAAAAAAUCACACAGAGUGCCUAUGCCCAGAUUGUUCAGUUUGGUAUGAGUACAAAACUUGGGCAAGUUUCCUUCGACCUUCCACGACAAGGUGAUACAGUUGUUGAAAAGCCAUACAGUGAGACCACAGCACAGAUUAUUGAUGAAGAGGUUCGGGCUCUUAUUGGUACAGCAAACGAGAGAACCAUGGCAUUGUUGAAAGAGAAGCAGCAGGAAGUUGAAAAGGUCGCUGAACGAUUACUGGAGAGAGAAGUACUCGAUAAAAGUGACAUGAUUGAUCUUUUGGGACCGCGGCCAUUUUCAGAAAAAUCCACUUACGAAGAAUUUGUUGAAGGUACUGGUAGCUUUGAAGAGGACACCACUUUACCUGAAGGUCUGAAGGACUGGAAUCAGGAGAGGGAGGAGACUAAAGAGGAACUGCCACGCAAACAGCUAGCAUGAAACAUGUUAAGUACCUUUGUAUUUUACAUAAACUGGAGAGCUUAGUGGUGACCAAAUUGAAAGGUUUGCUUUGCUAGGAUAAAAUUAAGAAUGCCUGCACUCUAAUUUGGAACAGUUCUCCCAUAUUGUCAUCCUUGGUAACUAUAGGCUGUAUGAAGCAGCUCAUGCAGUCAUACCUUUCAUUGAUUCAGGUGAUGACCAUAUUUUGUCACUGAAUUGAAAGCAGUUUGGACUGAGUCUGCAGGAUUUCGGAAACUGCGCUGACUCUGGUAAAUCUAUUACCUCCUUGUCUGAAAGAAGGCUCCAGUCUAUUUAUUGGUAAGUGGUGGAACAAAAAUAAACAUAAAGGAAAGUUCAAACGUUCCUUUAGUAAAUGAACCAAUUUUAAUUGGUUAUAACAUGGAAAUUUCAAGGGGACUUGAAUUUGCAUAUUCUUUGCUAGAACUAUAAAUUAUCAAUCUUUGUAGCUUCUGAUUUUCUUAAUUACUUUGACUGUGAACAAAAAUUAGUUUAGCUACUUGAAAUUCUAAACCUGAAACCUGAACCCAUUUCAUUUUUAAUUACAUGCGCAGACCUAAACUGGUGUAGAAUGACAAUAUAGUUGAAAAAUUGACAUCCCCUCAAAAUGUAUUUCCAUCCUCUAAAGGCCCCUUUUAAACUACCAAUUUUUAUUGAAGCAUUUCAUGUAAUGACCUAAAUAAAUGUAACAUUUAAGCACUCAAGAAAGAAUAAUACGGGUGUGCUGGAUAGUUAACUUUUUCAAACUGAUCAUUGUUUGUAAAUUAUUGAUCUGUUAUGAUCAUGAAUACCAAUGUAUUAAGCAUCUAACUUAGAUAUUCUGUAAUGUGUUGUAGCUAAUCACUCCCAUAAACAAACUGUGUGUUGUGUUUUAGACACAGAUGUACUGUCCAAUAUUUAUCAUAUUGUUACUCAUUUAGAUUCACUGAACUGGAUGCUGUAUUUUCUCACUUGCCUUAUUUCCUCCUUGAACUUUUCAACACUUAAUUGGGAAACUUUUAACGAAAGAAGACCAUAUCUGAAUUGUUGAGUUGCUUUAUUUAAUGGGCAUUAAGUGAACAUAACAGAUAGCAAGUUCUGCUUAUUAUCUCAAACCUACUUCUCUCCACACAAAAAGUAGGAGCAGUAAUCAACAAUGCCGUUGACUGUUUUCUUUUAUCAUCACUUUCCCUUCAACGCAACUUCUGCUGCAGACAACAUUGAUCUUUUGCAGCUGCUGGCCCAGGGCUUACAGCUUGCAGUUUUUUGUCUCCUUUUUUUAUCCUGGCUAGCCAUAUAAAUUCCUUCAUGUCUCCACAGGGGUGGUGAGAAGAAGGAACAGGUGUAGGUUGUUGGAGAAGAGGAGACAUGUACAGCUGGGUUUCUCAUCAUGGUAGGCCUGUGAAUUAAAUUAACUGCUACUUCGUGUUUUGAGCUUAGUAAGGCCUUCUGCUGAUUUUUUUUUAAGAAUAAGAAGGCUAUCUUGGAAUUGCCUGGGACCAAGCAACUAGCUCUAAUUCUUGUGAAUUUCACACAGCAACUCAUCUAGCUUCAAAGCCUGCAGCAUUUGACUUUAUUUAAUCCUAUAUAAAUUAUUUUGUUUCAAAAUGCAAUUUUUAACCAUAACACAAUCCCAAAAUUCUUUCAAGUAAGAAACAAAGGGAGGAAAAGUGCUGAAAGGUGCCUUGUCAACUUGACUAAUCUCUGAUGCAGAAUGUUUUUGGUGAAGAUUUGAAACACCUCUAAGUGUUAGAUUACAAGUACUGUUGCUGCUUAAGUGUGAUUGAUUCUAUUUUCUGAUUUAUGCAAAUAAAGUUAAUCUUUUCUCUA